AUGAUAUCUCUCGCUGUUAGGAAGGCAUUUGUCUUAUUAUCAUGUACAUUUCUUGGAUUAAUAUGUGGUACCCUCUAUUUGUAUUCAUCCUACAGUCCGCAAUUUGCAAAAAGAUUAAAUUAUACAGUAACUGAUUCUUCGUCAAUAGCCUUGUCAGGAACCAUAGGUAUAGCUGUCGCUGGUCCAUUAGCAGGAGGUGUGGUAGAUAAAAAGGGUUACACAAUAGCCCUUAUUAUAGGAGGAUUGUCCAUUAUUUCUGGUUAUUUGGGAAUGAAGAAGCAGUUUGAUAAUCAAUAUUCAGAUUUAUUCGUAUCUUCUUCAUUUUUAUUUUUAAUAGGAUGUGGAUCCACUUUUAUCAAUUCUGCAUGCUUGAAAUGUUGUGCUGUUAGCUUCCCUAGUAUUAGAGGUGUCGCAACGUCGCUUCCUUUGGCUUUGUAUGGGUUGAGUGCAUUAUUCUACUCGGUUAUUGCUUCGGUUUUCUUUCCAGGAAAGACAUCCGAGUUUUUGGGUUUUUUAGCUUACUCGUCUGUGGGGAUAUUCGUGAUAUGUGCACCAAGCAUUAUGUUUUGUGAUAAGGAACAUAAAAACAGAAAAAAGAAUAGACAUAUAAAUACGGAGUCAAUCGAAAUGGCGACUCUAGCACCAACACACAGUCCUGCUUCUUCCUCGAUUCGUAAGAGUCAGAAUGCAUUGAAAUUAGAUGGAUCACGAGAUGAUAACUUAAGUGGAAUUGGCUUGAUAAAAUCCUACAGAUUCUGGUUAAUUUUCAUAACUACAGGUUCGUUGGCCUCUUUGGGUCAAAUGUAUAUCUAUUCUGUUGGGUACAUGGUGAAAGCUUUGAUCACAGAGCAAGUUCUGAAAUCAGAUACAGUUGCAGCUGUUUCACAACCUCAAGUUGAAGCCUUGAUCCAAAAGAACCAGCAGCUACAAGUGGGCUUACUCUCAAUUGCUAAUUGCGUUGGGAGAAUCGCAUCGGGAAUUAUAGGUGAUAUUAUUUCUCAAUCGUUACAUAAACCAAGAUCGUGGCUUUUGUUUUUACCAAGUAUGGGCUUAUUAACAACCCAAGCAAUGGGAUUGCAAGUUAGUGAUCUUUCGUCGCUCUCUAUGAUGUCCUUAUUAACAGGUUUUUUUUAUGGAUUUACAUUUUGCAUUAUGCCUAUUAUUGUGGGUGAUACUUUUGGGAUGGAUAACUUUUCAUCUAAUUGGGGGGUUGUUGGUUUGGCACCAAUUCUUCCGAGCUAUUAUUUUACUAGUUUAUUCGGUAAAGUGUAUGACUCCAAUUCAAUAAUAUUGCAAAGUUCUGGGAUUUCUAACUGUUCUUUAGGUAAGAAUUGUUACAGUUCUGUAUUUAAGUUGACUUUGGGUGUUACAAUUUUGUCAUUGGUAGUUGUCACUUUGCUUAACUUCCGUAAUACUUCAUGGAGUAAAAGAAAACAUUAA